UACUACACAAUUUAUCAAAAUUUCUUCCCGAAAUGAACCGAUCAUCUCAAGUGGUCGUUGUGAGUGGUUGGGCUUUUGCAGUCCUUUUGUUCGGUUGUAUAGCAGAGUUGGCAUUCGUGUUUCUUUGUCUUUCCUAUGUUCCUCCGUCCACUAUUCGUGCAAAAGGAUUUCUGGAGCGUCUCCAGCUUCAAACCCAAUUUGUUGUAAAUAGCCUGCAGAAAAGGGACGCGUUAAAAGCUCUUAAACUAACUAUCUUAUCGAAAGAUUUCUGGUUUCCCUUUUUCUUCUACUUUGUCAGUUUCUUUCUAUUUCCUUUCAUAGUUGCCUCAACAAUAGAACUUUCGACCCCACCGCAUACAUACUUCUUGCUUACCUUUACUUUGUGGAGAGCAGGCCUUCUUUUCCUCUUUAGAGGAUUUGACCAUAUAGUUGCUCUAGAGAAACAGUUUGAUUGUCGUUUUGUGUAUUUUUCUUCUGUUGGAUUCUUUGUUUUAUUUGUCAUAGAAUGUUAUAUGAAGAAUCUUUGUGCAGCUGAUAAUAGAAAACUCAAGUCACAAUAAAGAGGAUUCAGUGGUAUUAUAUGAAUGACAGAGUGAUUGUGUCAUACCGACUGGAGAAUUGUCAAUGGUUACAUUUUUUUCUAUGAAGAAAAUCUCACUUUGAAAUGUUCUCUUGACAUGCGAUAAUUGUUGUUUCUUG